AUGACUGAUGCUUACCUAGAAGUGGAUUCACUUAGCUCUGUAUCACAAUUGGAAUACAACCGCACAUUAUACUUUCAUGUGCCAGUGCCUACUCUAAAGGUUGGCGUGUUUUUUCAUACUUAUAAUUGUUUGGAUUCGAUUAUCCUCUAUCCAGUUUGUUUUGCAAAUGGUCUGUCUGCCGAUAGUUGGAUCGAACUUGAAAGAUGCGGGCAAGUAAGGACGGCAACACUGCAAAGAGAAAAUAGCGGUAAACGUGAACUAUGUGCACGUGUCAGUGUCGUCCGUUCGAGACAUCAUAGCUUUGUUGAAGCUGAAACAUUGAGAGAUGAGAAAGGCUGGUGUUCCUUUUUUGAUGGCAUUGAUCAGGAAUCUAAGAAUCUUUAUUUCUUGAGCUUCUGCUCAUGA